AUGCUCAAUCCAAAGUAUUUCUUUCAGGCAUUAAAAGGGAUACCCUUCACUCCUGUGAUUGAUUUAUUUGCGUCCCACAUUAAUAAGCAAUUUGACCAGUAUGUGUCCUACAGACCAGAUCCAUUUGCUAGCGACAUUGAUGCAUUUACUAUAUCCUGGGCAGAUACAAAUUUCUACUGUUUUCCUCCAUUCAGUUGUAUACUCAGAGUUGCAAGAAAGAUCAUACGUGACAGAGCCAGGGGAGUUCUAGUAGUACGACAAUGGCCAAACACAGUCAUGGUACCCCAUACUCUUACCAAUACUGGAGCAACCACCAGUUGUCCAUUCACCAGCUCAGAUUCUGUUACUGCUGCCGUCCAAGCCAGCGCAGAGACACCCUCUACACAAGAAGCUAAGACUAGCUAUUUGUCUUGUAUCAGGGGCAAAUUACAGGUAAGAGGGUUCUCUACAGAUACAAUUGACAUCAUUCUGACUUCUUGGCGGGAAGGUACCCAAUCUCAGUACCAGUCUGUUGCAAAGAAAUGGUUUGAAUUUUGUGAAAAGAAUCUUGUGAUGUUGUUUCUACUCCUGUGCCUUUGAUAGUCGUAUAGCGUUUGGUCAAUUACCCAUUGUGAAAAGAUUCAUGAAAGGUGUAUUUGAGAAAUGACCGGCAUUACCUAGAUAUAGUUUGACUUGGGAUGUGAAUCUUGUAUUCUCUUAUAUUAGGAAGCAAGAGCCUGUGAAUUUGCUUUCCCUGAGAGAUCUCAGUCAUAGGGAAAUGAUGAAAAUUUUUACCAAAUGAUGAAAAACAGUUAUUUAUUAGUUGUAUAAGACCUCACAAGGCAGUCUCACGUGAGACCAUUUCUCAACGGAUCAAGAAUUUUAUGACAGUUGCUGGUAUUGAUACAUCUGUUUACAAAAGCCACACUAUGCGUGAGCCUCUACGUCAUUCCUUUUUGGGAAACAGUUUGAUAUUAUAGGUGCAGCAGGUUGGACUAAAGAAGGAAUGUUUCACAGGUUUUAUCAUCAGGACACUGUUUCAAAUUUUAACUUUGGUAGUGCUUUAUUAAAUGCUAGUGUAUAAGAUCAUUUAUGACUUUGUUGUUGAAUAUAUUGUUUACUAUUAAUGUUACUUUCUUGUUCUUGCUUGAUUGGAUAUAAUAUUAGUUCAAUGACAGCUCUGAAAUCUCGUACAACUCCACUUCUGGCUGAUUACUUGUAGAAUUAUAAUCAAACUUCGACUUAAGGUAAGUCUCGUUUAAUUACCAAUUAAUGACUACAAUUUUAAAUUAGAUAAAUAGAUUAGAUAUUAGAUAAAUUAGAUAUUACUAGACUGUGAUUGGUUGAUUUCAGUGCAGUUAAUCCCAAACAGCACUGCAAUUUUCUGUAAUCACAGUGCAAAAAUCUGUAACAAACUGAUCUGAUUGGUGAAAAACAUUGUGAUGAUUAAAUGCUAUUUUGAGGUCUUUGAAAAACUCAUGCAUGCUAUUUAACAAUUAUACCAUGAGCUCGAGUCGUAUAUGAGCUGAUAGCCGACAAGGUGCGUAGCACCGAGUCAUCUAUCAGCCAUAUACGACGAGAGCGAAUGGUAUAAUUGUUUUAUAAUAUAGUCUAAUAUAGCCAUUAACUGAAGCAGUAAUUAAUUAUUCACUGUUACAAUGUGUUGACAAUUUUUUCGGCCAAAAACUGCUUGAAAAUUUGAAAUACUUUUGUUUUACAACUUGAAGACGAAGUGAAAGAAAUGGUUUUAGAACCUUUAUAUCUCACAGGAAAGCUCAGAUAUAUUAUACAGAUGUUUGGUACUAUAGUAGGUGCUUGUUGACUGCAAAUUCAUUUGUCGUUCAUUGCAAACUUUUCUGAACAAUUUAUAUUCUCAAUGAACAUGUUUUUUCGCUUUUGUUUCGGUAUUAAUUCUUUAAAAAACUUGUAUUUAAACUAAUUUCUACGUAAUAAAUGUAUUUUGCUAACCUGUCAAAUUUUUUUUGAGAGUUUUUCCUUGUACUAUUAUGUUUCUCAAAGCGAAUAUUUUCCUUUUUCUGCUUCGCAAAACUCAUGUAGUUUUUGGACCACCAUCUUGUUUUUCACUACUCGCCAUAUAUGAGCUGAUAUACGGCGAGUAAUUCAACCAAUCAGAUUGCAGAACAGCUCAUAUAUGGUGGAUGACUAUAUUAUAAAUCCAAAUUGCACUCGAAACCAUGCUAUUACCUAUACUAAUGCACAUACAAACAAACAUUACGAUGUAAAUAAUUUUGUAUAUAAUUUUCAAUUAAUGCUUGUAAACCUGUUGUAAUUUAGCCAAUCCGCUAUUGAACAUGUAAAAUAAAUCCCACUAUUAUAUUGCAAAUAUGAAAUCUCACGAUCAAAGCCACAAAUGCAAAAAGAAAUUUGAACAUUAAAAGAAAAACAACAAUCAGAAAUGAGUGGUUUGUUGGCAAAAUUGGCCUAAGUUCAGACCAGUCCAAAAAAACACCAAAAUCACAAAUGUGACAACCAAGAUUAAAAAAUGCAACAACAGGAUGCUUAACAUGCGAUGACUCUUUGAAUUCUUCAUUUCUGCAUCAUGAAUUUAAAAUUUCUGGUCAAAUUGGAGAACCCAGUCAGGCAGACAAACUGACAUUUGUUUUGCUGAUUCAUCAGAUUGAUUCAGGCUUAAAAUGCGAGGACAAUGAAAAUGAGAUUGUAGAUGCUGUCAUUCAUGUGAUUUCAUUACAUAGCAGUUUAAGAAGCUUUGUUGAAACUUUGCAGAUUUGUCUAUGCCAAAGUCGCAAAAAAUUUUUGAAAAAUAUAUGUGUCAGAACUUUAUCAAACUCUUGCGACAAUUUUCCAGGACCCAAAAGAAAUACCUCAACAGUUUGUCCUAUUUUCACUUGAUUUUAAAACUAAAAUAGGCUUUGCUAGUAAAGAAUCUGAUUGUGAAGUUCAAUAUGAUGAACCACAUAUUCAGAAAACAUUAUGA